AUGUCGCAGGCAAUCCUUCCGCCCAAGAACUGCUUGCCCACAUCGACCCGCAAUGGAAAGCUCACUGCAGCGACGGUCUAUAUGAACAUGGAGGUCACGGGACUCUCGGACGUUGUACUUCAUGCGAUGAACGAGCUUGGGUGGCGCAAGAUUGCUGGGCAAUGGUUGUGCUACUAUACUGUUGGUAUGAGAGGCAGUCCUGGGAAUACUGGUGGCAUUGGGUGA